GUUUUAUUGUGAAAGUGGCUCUUGUUCUAGCAUAAAACCGGAUCCAACUACAGCAAUUUCUACAGUAUAUAAAGAGAUCUUCAAUACUCAAACACGUUAUUCCAGAUUUUUAGCACUUGGAUGGAUGGACGAAUUAAUAAUUGAACAGCUAUUAACAGAUGUAUCAUUUGUUCCUAUAUUUUCUUCGCUCGGUGAAUACAAAAUUUUUGUUUCUGGCAUUGGAUCUUCUUCAAAUGCUGAAUGGAAUCAUGGUGGACCGGGAUAUAAGUCUUCACUUCUUCAUAAUGUAAAUGGAACAAGCAUUCUAUACUUUUCAAUGAUAGAAGAUGAUUUUUGUGCAGUUGAGGUUCAUAAAGACUUUGAAAUUAAAAACCGGAUUAAAGGGUUAUCUCUAAAUGAAGUGUGGCAAAAAUUAAAUAUUCAAAAAUAUACUGGCGUUCAACUUUUUGGGCUCGACGAUUCUGAUAUGCAAUCACUAAUUCGCCAACAUCAUGUUCCUACUUGUUUACCAAAAAAUUGGUCUAAUUAUGCUCUUAUGAAGUUUCUUUUUGAUUACAACUUAAAACGAAGGACGCUUGCAGAUAUAAAUUGGCAUAGUUUAUUUCUAAAAUGGCAGGAAAGUCAAACUAACAUCGUCGAACUUUAUUCAAGUCUUGGAGAUAUUUAUCCUCCAGAUUACCAAUUUAGUUAUCGUGAAAUAAGUGCUUGGCGUGCGAUGCUUUAUGCAAGUGGUUGUCAAAAUAUAACUCCAUGGGCACCUGAAGAAUCAAAGUAUCAAUUAUGGACAAAAAAUGCACUGCAUGAAAAUGAUCGGGCUAUACUUCAACAAUUAUACAAUUUGGGAUUCUUAAAUAGCUCACCAAGUUAUGUUCCUAAUAAAACUCGUAUUUUUUGGCAAUGCUUUAAUAAAGCACUAGCGGAUAACAAAAAAACAAAGGAUGGAAAAAGACGAAUUCUAUCAGUCAGGAAUCAUACAAUUUCAGAAUCGCGAAAACAUGCAAAAAUAAAUGGAUAUGGUGUACCAGCUUUAACAAAACCAGUUAUUCAUCGCACAAAGCUAACAACUGAGCA